UCUCGUAUUAGCAAAAUGUUGAAAAAAUUCGUAACUUUACAAUCGGACAUUAGUCCUUCAAAGAAUCCUUAUGAAGUACGCACCUAUAUAGGGGACAGUCCGAACGCAAAUGAUUGGAAGGUAGAGGUUUGUGAAAAGGUGCGCAAAUGUGAUCGACCAGAUAACUCCACCAUUUCUAAAGUAAUGACCAUUGAGGACGAACUUCGACGGCUGAACCAAAAAGUGAAGGAGUCACGCUUUCAACGUAAAAUUAAGAAGAAAUGCGCCAAAGCGGAUGAUUACCUCAUGUGCACCCAUCCGCAGCGCACGCCAAGUGAACUAAGAGAGCAUUCGAUAAUGCGCGAACGAUUUCUCCGAGUCGCUUACGAUUUGACGCGACGCGUACAUGAUGGAUCGGAAGUGCCGUUGAAGGUGCCAAGUCGCAUUGAGCUGGUUAGUCCGGUACCGAGUGUGGGGGAAGAGAGUGGAGGUCAAUCUGAAGAGGAAGAAGGCGAAGAGGAUGAGAAGAAAUCGGUGAUGCCAAAACUUGCAAGUCCGUCCUGUAGUCUGGAUAUUAUUUAUGAGCCAUCAGCGAAGCUGCUCGAACUGAAACGACCCAAAAGUGGCAUGUUCCACAAUCAAACUCAACCGCCUCUACCACCAUUAGACGAAGACGUAAUUCCAUAUAGCAACUACAAUCCACGGAUACUACAACAGAAAUUCGAUGCUCAGAAUUUGCGUACGAUUGAUUUGAUACAAGGUCGUGAUCCCAACGAUCUAUGGACCUGGAACAUAGGACUGCAGCAACAUGAAAGCCAAUUAGAUCAGGCUUUUCUUGAAGCCUCCAUGCCGAAGUUCGAUUGCAGACACUUAGAGCUGACAACAUUCAAAAUACCCAAUGAUCUGGAUAAAACUUUCACCGCAGAAAUCGUAUUUGGCACUGAAGCUAUUCAACCGGAUGAAAAGCCACAAAAGCAAAAAGCAAGUUAUUUCAACCGUCCAAAGGAAAUCGCUUGCCUAUUCUCCGCUUAUGUUGAGAGUUUUCGUUUUAAUCCCGAUUUCUGGACUUCAGACACUUUAGAUGGCAUUUUGACUACUGGUGCAAAGCUGUUAAAAAAGAGCACUAAUCUCAAUUAUAAAUCUCCAGACAAUGACUUCGACAUUAUACCACAAAUUGCUGAGAAGCAGGCGGAAGUUGGCUUAAAGCUUCACUUCACCGGACCAAUCGACUCCGAACCAAAUAUUUACAAAGUACUUUCACUCUAUUUCAUGAAAUACAAUGCUGCAGUACUAACCGCCAAAGAUAUUUACAUGCUAAUAUGGAAACGUUGUGCUAAUACUUUCUAUAUAUUUGAUCCAUAUGGCCGUGAUGAGUUGUGCCAACGCGACUUUGCCAAUGGCAAAUGCUCACUGAUGGCCAUUACUUUUGUUGAGCAUUUGGUGCAUUUGAUUAUGAACUUCAGCAAGACCGAUGUGAAAGGCGAGAUAAGCUUGUAUGAAAUAUCGAUAAAAAAUUUCGGAAAGAUAACAAGUCCCAUUCAGAAUAAACCGUUCCCGAAGCGCACCCACAGGCUGUGGGCAGUAGUGAACGGUACUUAUGCACUCAUACCGGCAGCUAAUAAUGGUCUUCAACAGCCGAUAACCGGUAAUGAGCUGAACGGUUCUAUGAUAAUUUCACUUCUAGCACUGUUAUAUUCCAAUAUAGAGCGAGCUUCUACAUGGCGCAUGGAAGUAAUUGAUGAGCUUGUCAAAUUUGGAAAAGCUUUCUAUAAGAACUUAUUGAAACGUUUAAAGCUGAAGAAGAAGCAGCAUUUAAACAUAGUGGAUCUACCGGAUGUUAUGAUGCUUGGUGCAUUCCGAGCAACCAUAAAGAAGCAUCCAUUUCUUUACACAGGACAUGUGACUAACUGCAAGUCGUACCUCGAAUCUCAGCUAACGUCUGCUGUUCGCGACCUUUUCGCAAGCAAUUACGAUGCGGCCCUGUUGCAGAUUGAUAAUUCUGUGUUGGCCGUUUGGCGAGACUUGGAAUACUACUAUGUUUUCGAUCCUUUUAGACGUGGCAAAGCAGGCCAGGUACUAGACCCAGAAGAUUUCCUAACAAAAGGAGUGGCAUGUCUGCAGAUGCACUCAAAUGUUGAGUCUUUGUGUAGGACACUCUUUCAAAAGGCGCUGAAAAUGCGGCGUGGCGGCAAAUUUUUCGUCCAUGCUAUAAAUAUCGGCUGUAUAAGACCGAUGCUGUCAUCGGCAAAUAUAAAAAAUAAAUAUCCACGUUUACAGAUAGCCUAUCCAAAAGUCCUAAGCAAGGCGGAGCAGGAUAGACGCCAGUCCAAAAAAGGCAAGGGUAAGAAGAAACUGGGACGCACUUACAGUAUACAGUCUAUACCAGAUGAAGAUCGCAUACCCGAGUUCGAGGACGCCGAUGUGGUCGGUGCUGUAUUGGAUGAAAUUAUAUGCGAAGCCAUCGAACGCAUGACAGAGCCCGCUCCCAGCCGUAUGCACUUGUACAAGCAAGCAGAUAAGGUGCUGCUACGUUCCGACAAAGAGUAUUUGGAGGGUCUGCGUUAUAAGCUGAUCCACGGUGAAGACUAUGACAAUGUCUAUACAGAAUUUCAGAAACAGCCAGAGCCUCCACAGCGUCCAUUGACACUAGAAGAAGAGCUGGAGAUACGCACUAACUUUGAGAUGCUGCCUGACAGAACGUGGGUUGUGUUAGGAAAAUCGUAUAUACCCUUGGAGGAGGACGAAUCCAGCAAAUUGAAUGGUCUACUCUCCACUUUGGUAGCUACUGCACUAAGUGCGAAGUAUAAUAUUUCUACAUGGAACAAGGAACUCGUUGAUUACGCAGUGAAGUCAUCUAAUAACUUUGGCGAAGAAUUCUCUAACUACGAGUCGACACUGAGUGCUUUUCUCUCGAAGAAGAUGCCGAAGAUAACAAUUGGUGAAAACAUUUAUAUGCUGCAAUUGCAGCGGAUUAUACAAAGUUCGGUGACGCGUAAUCUGCGACAAAUGCUGCUGGAAAGUCUGAUAACAUACACUCGUUUGAUUGUCAUAUGCCAGAUGUUCUCAUGCCUGAUUGUAAAGCGGUACAACUUCUUGUACAUGUUCAUCGGUUUUCCAUGUACGCCAGUAGGUUAUCGCAAAUUCGGUUCAGGUCCUGGUUGUUUGCUAAGGUUCGUAGAGCUCGAUUCUCUUUUACGACGCAUAGAGUUCGGUUGCAAUCCGCAAGGUUGCGAAAUAACCAAUUAUGUGGCGGUAGCCAUAAAAGUCUUGGACGUGACGAACGUGCCACCUGAACGAUAUAGAAAAUGGCCACCAGAUGUUGAGGAAGCCAUAUACGCGACUGAGUUUGAUCGCAAGCAAAAAAUUGAUAGAUUACGUAUGGAUAAGAUUCGCUUCCUCGACAGGGAACUGCGCAAAGAGAAUGAACGUAUACAGCGCUUCCUCGAGGAAAAAGAGCAGAGAAUAGCAGCACGCUCACAGAGAAGCAAACCGAAAGGUAAGAAAAUGGUCAGAUUGAAACUUUCCACCGAAUAUACAGAUGUAGAAGAUGAGUUCGAAGAUUUCGAAAUGGAAGAAAUGGAAGAGGACGAAGUAGAACUAAAGCAUAAGCCGGGCAAGCAACUUCAGCGCGAGGCCGAUUCCAGUUUCAAGCCACGUAAAAUCUUAUAUGGCUACCGCAUGCGCGAGAAAGACUGCAACUUCAAAAUCCAAGGUACAACUGCAUUGGAAGAUCGUGCUGCCGCGCAUGUGGACAAGAUCAAGCCCUGUUUCUUCGCCAGUACUUUGGCUGUGUUGUAUGCUAUCCUGCGACCCCUCAACCAAUGGUCCGCGCAGCGUGUGGAUCGAGUAAUCGAGAGUGGUAGAACUAUCGCAAGUCGUGUUACGAAUAUGACGUCGGCCUUUGAGCGGUUUAUCAAGAAUGUCACUGUAGAUGAUUACAAAUUCGAUGUGUGGGUUAAGAGACAUGAUCCAGCAGGUGUGGCCAGUGCGAGUGUCUCCCAUAAGAUUGCAAAGUCUAUGCAAACUCGCAAGUAUUUGCUGCUACAAGUUUCCAAUACAACAUUCGCACUCUUUCACGAUGAAUAUUAUCACUUAUUCGAUCCAUAUCCGACCAUGCAGAAACCCCAAGAGGGUGAGGAGGAGGAAGAAGACGCAGAUGGGGACUAUGUUGAAAAGGAAGGUCCACGCAAAGGCAAAUGUAAGAAAGGCGUGAAGAGAUAUGGUGAACGUAAUACUGCCUCUUGGGUGCUCUUUGCCGAUGUUAAUUCCCUGCUGAAAUAUGUCGAUAAACGCGCAGCUAAUUCAUCCUGGCAAACGGCGGAAGAGUAUGCACUGCACGUUAUUGAUGUGAUAUCGUACAGAAAGGCGGGACCAAAGACACGCACACUGCAGUUGCUCACCGAUUUGUCGGUACCGAUUGAAUGCAAGACAACGCAGCAUGGCGAGGAUGAGGCAGUUAUGUGUGCUCAUCCGGAAACUAUGACUUGGUUAGAUCUGGAGAAUUGCUUGCCUGUCUGGAGCCGCAUGAACCGUCGCAACACAGCAGGUCGCUACCGCAAUUUGCCAGUAACGAAGUUGAAGCGAUUCGAUAUAGAGAUUGAUGGUCGCCUGUGGUCAAUUUGGGGCAACCUGCAUCCCGAUGCGCCAGUAUUUAGCGCAUCAUCACGUGGAAAGCAAUACCUUGCAUGUAAUGUUAUGGCCUGUUGUGCUGCAAACGUGUACAGACUGACCGAUUGGAGUCCGCAUUUACUCGAUACGAUAGUAAUUAACGGCGAUCGUUACCACCGCGAGAGCUUGGAAAACAUAAAAUUGUCCGACUACGAAUUUUCGUUGGAGGAUUUGAAUCUGGAUUGUACACUGGAGAGCCUCAAAUUCGUUGUGCAUCUGGAACAUGUCGCUUUCGGAAAACUCUACAAUCCAGGCACCCGCACUACGAUGAAUUUGGCCGAUGCAUUGAUGUACUUUUUCACACACUUCCAAUUUGGGGUUCUGCAGUGCUUUAAGCAUUCCCUGGCUAUUGGUCGCACGAUGGGCUUCGACGGAGGCUUCUUUAUGUACGAUUGCCAAAGCAAAGAUCAUCCACUAUUCCCGAAGGGACAAGGUGCUUCGUAUUUGCUGCGUACCAAACAUUUGCAGGUGCUGCUUUACUGCAUCGUGGUGACGCUCAAUGUACCCUAUUAUAAUGUAAGUUUUACUCUGCACAAAGUGGAAAUGCUGCGCGAGGACGCCUCUUUGGAUGAAGAGGGUGAGGCCGGAAGUCAGAACACUGGUGGUAAUUAAAGUAUUGUAGUAAAAUAUUUAUAUCUAUAUUUUUAAAUGCAAAAUUAUUGUUGCUAUGAAUUAAUAUUUGGUGUAAAAUAAAUUAAUCGACGCAAUAAAUUACAAACAUGCACUGUAAUAAAGUC